AUGUCGUGGAAGAAGUCAGCACAACUGAUGGACACCAUCAAGCACUAUUCGAACUUCCCCGCGACCGGAGUGAGUCUACGGCAGAUGGUGCAGUUUGGCAGCAACCCGUCCACCGGCACUCUGUUCCGCGCCUCCCAGUUCCUGUCUGAAGAGCUGCCCAUACGUCUCGCACACCGGGUACAAGAGCUUGGCGAUCUCCCAGAUGGACUCAACGAGAUGGAGAGCAUCAAGCGUGUGCAGGACUGGUACGCGGAGUCGUUCGAGGAGAUCACGACGCUGUCAAAGCCGAGCCUGACGAACGAAAUCAGAGAGCGACUGCUGAAGCCUGCAAAGGCCAAUGGCAGAAACUCCAGAAUCCUCAGCGAAACAACGCACAAUCCCAGCAUCAAGCCCGGCCAGUACAAGUCCGAUGCAAAGCUCACGGCGAACGGCGAGACCGACAAGGAGAAUGUUAACGGCAACGGCAAUGGAGCAAGACGAGCUGCUGCACGACGAUACUUCAGCGCCGCCGACGAUGGAAACGACUGGCCUCCGGAGCUCGAAGACUACAACACUCGUUUUGCCAAGACUCUCGAGAAGAUCAAGAGAAGGCACGACAGCGUCGUCACUACGAUAGCCCAGGGUAUCCUCGAGUACAAGCGCAAACGGCAAAGAAUGCAGAUUGACAACAACAUUCAGGCCUUCUUGGACCGUUUCUACAUGUCGCGAAUAGGAAUCCGCAUGCUGAUCGGCCAACACAUUGCCCUGACCGACCAACGUACGCAGAGCGACCCAAACUACGUGGGAAUCAUUUGCACCAAGACCAAUGUCAAAGAGCUGGCACAAGAGGCUAUCGAGAACGCGCGAUUUGUCUGCGAGGAUCACUACGGCCUUUUCGAUGCGCCCAAGGUGAGGCUGGUGUGUCCCGAUGACCUGAACUUUAUGUACGUUCCAGGUCAUUUGUCACACAUGCUGUUUGAGACCCUCAAGAACAGUCUGCGAGCCGUCGUGGAAACACAUGGCCAAGAUAAGGAAGAGUUCCCAGUGACGCAAGUGAUCGUGUCCGAGGGCAGGGAGGAUAUCACCAUCAAAAUAAGCGACGAAGGCGGAGGCAUUCCCCGAAGCAGCAUUCCGCUGGUCUGGACUUAUAUGUACACGACCGUCGAUCAAACGCCGAAUCUGGAUCCGGACUUCAACAAGAGCGACUUCAAAGCACCCAUGGCUGGCUUUGGAUACGGUCUACCCAUUUCGCGCCUGUACGCGCGAUACUUUGGCGGUGAUCUCAAACUGAUCUCGAUGGAGGGCUACGGCACUGAUGUCUACCUGCACCUGAAUCGUUUGAGCUCCAGCUCAGAGCCGCUGCAAUAG